AUGGGCUACGACAUUGGGUGGCUAAUACCGCGACUCCGGAAUCCGGGUAGACUGUGGUAUUGUGCCAGCUCAAUCACAGUCGCAGUUGUUGGCCUCUUCAGCAAGAUUAUUGUAGAGUUCCUGAACAAGACGACAGUGUACAAUCGCGAAGCGCUGGCUCGCGCGGUGCACCGACCCCGUGAGGUGCCACUUCUCACUGUCUCCAAUCACCACUCUUGUUUUGAUGAUCCGGGACUCUGGGGUAAGAAACAAUUUCAAUAA